AUGUCGCCAUCAGCAACAACUUCGCGAUCAUCGUCACGGUUCGCGAUUCGGAGAUUGCUCGCCUCGGCGCGGGAGAUGGCAAAAACGACGACGCUCGAAGGAGAACAACAUCGAGAACAACAUCACGCGCGUUCGAUGAUGCAAAUGUCUUCUCGCGCCGCAUCGAAUGUAUUCGCGUCGUGUUCGAAAAGGGGUGGUUUUUUGAACGGCACGAGCAACAACAACAGCAACACCACCUUAAAGCGGUUUUGGUCCUCUCCUUUCUCUUCCUCUUGUUCUCAUUUCUCUCCGCGAAAGGAGGCUUUGAGCGGCGGAGAGAAGAUCAGAUUCGGUGGCAAAGUGGACUUUGGUAGGAGUCAAACGAGGCGGAGCUUGAGCGGUACGUGUCGUUGGAGCGGCGGCGGCGGUGGCGCAUCACUCGAGAACGCGAAAAGAUGGCAGAAGGAUACUUCCAACAUCGCACCGAAGAUGACGAUGUUUGGAGGCACUCAAGUCCGCACGUACGCCAAAUCACUCUCGCAAAUGAAAGAAGCCGGAUUGAAAGCGUAUAAACCAACCACGCCCGGGUUCCGCGGUCGCGUCAUCACGGAUCGAUCGAAGUUAUGGAAAGGCAAACCUUUGAAAGCGUUGACGAAAGGAUUAACGAAGAGUGGGGGGAGAAAUAAUCACGGACGAAUCACGGUGUGGCAUAAAGGUGGUGGUCACAAGCGUUUGUAUCGCGUGAUUGAUUUUAAGAGAGAUUUGUUUGGCGUGAACGGAGUGAUUAGAAGGAUUGAAUACGAUCCCAACAGAACGACGAGAAUCGCUUUGGUGGAUUAUCCGGACGGGAUUAAACCGAGGUAUAUUUUAGCACCGGAUGGAGCGAAAGCUGGUGACGUGAUUUCUUCGAGAGGUGGUCAACCCGCGGACGGUCGUGAUCCUUCCUCUGCAAUCGACGUUCGUCCGGGUAACGCCAUGCCGCUCUCGGAAAUGCCCAUCGGCACCAUCGUGCACAACGUCGAACUCGUCCCCGGUCGCGGCGGCGCUUUAGCGCGCUCCGCCGGUGCCUCAGCCACGUUGGUUAAAAAAGGCGCCGACGGCUAUUGUGCCAUCAAACUCCCCUCCGGUGAACUCCGCCUCGUCCCGUCCAAAUGCGUCGCCACCGUCGGCGUCCUCUCCAACCGCGAGCACCAAAACACCAACAUGGGCAAAGCCGGGGCGAAAAGAUGGAAAGGCGUCCGUCCAACCGUCCGCGGUACCGCAAUGAACCCGAUCGACCAUCCCCACGGUGGCGGCGAAGGCCGAUCGAAAGGUGGCAAUCAAUCUGUCUCGCCGUGGGGCGUAAACACCAAAGGUAAACGGACGAGAAAUAACAAACGCACCGAUAACAUGCGCCUGCAACGUCGCCCGAUGAAUAGGAAGCGCUACCCGCUUUUAGCUAAAUAA